CGAAAGGUCUCUACGAAACCACCACAACCUCAAUCCGACCAACCGUCAAAAUGCCUGGCUGGAUUCCCAAGAAGUUCCCCGGCAAAGUUGCCGAGCCUAUGAUCCCCUUCUACGCUGCAGGCCUCAUUGUUCUGUACGCGGUCAACGCCGGCGCCAAUGCUUACAUGGCUUCGGAUGAGUACAAGGAUGACCCUCGCAACCCGAACCUGAAACCCCAAGCGAAAACACCAUAAAUUCCGAACAAGCCAUUUUAAGUGAAGAGCGCAGCGGACUCGGAAGAAAAUGCGUCACAUCGAGCUUCGGUUGAGACAAUUGUACAUAUUACAAGCCUAGACAUCAAAGCGGAAAAUGGAAUGAAGUCGGAAGAUCAAGUUUUGCUCUCUACACCUGUCGUUCACCCUCUCUCUUGCUGCAGCCCAGCGACGACCGAGUCUCCGGGAACAGCAUCAGGGUGACAAGGAAUCCAGCGCAUCCACCAUUUUGCUUUAAGAGUGCGAUAUUCUUCGGCCGGACUGGCCCUAAACCUGACUACUUCACGGGCAUCCAAUUACUUU